AAAACCAAAAGAAUAAGUUAACACUAAAUAUAAUUUAUUGUUUUUUGGUAACUUUUUCUAAUAUUUUAUAUUUUGAAGGUUUGACUAAUAAUUUAAAAAUUUUGAAUUUUUUUGUUAACAAAUUGUAUUUACUAUUCUAUUAAUAAUGUCAUGCCACAAUCUUUAUUUUUCGAUAUUUUGAACAAGAGAACUUUUAUGAUACUUAUAAGAACCAAUUUUUUUAGAUUUAAGUUAAAUUUAUAAUAUAAAAUUAUAGUUAUAUGUUGAAUUUGCAUAAAAAAAGUUCAUACAUAAAUAUAUAGGUAUAAAUGAAAUUUGUACGAUAAAAUUAAAUUUUCACAUAAUUGUUUUCUUAAACGACAGGAGAUAGGUUGAUGAGUUAUGAACUCAUAAGUCAUGACUCAUUGAAUAAACCUUACAAGAAAAACGAAAAAUAAUAAGAGAAAAACAUUUACAAAAGAAAGAGAAAGAGAGGAACUUGAUGCCCUUUUUGAUGUGUGAGUGGGUGGUGGUCUUUCUUCCUUCUUAGUUUUUCUCCUCUCUCUCUCUCCCUUCCUCUCUCAUAAAGUUUCAUCUCUGUGAAUUUCUUUUUCCUCCCUUUCCCCAAAUCCAUCCCCCUUCUUUCAUUUGCCGUUCUUCUGCGUUCUUCCUUCCCUUGCAGUAGACAGAAAAAAACAGCUCCUUAUUAUCAUCACAGAUGAUCCAAUGAAGGAGGUAACUGCUUUAGUUUGUUGUUUAUGGGGUGGAACUGCUCAAGGAGACUGCUUCUUCUUCCCAAGAAUGAAUCUUUCUGUUUGUUUGGGUUUUGAUUUCUGUCCUUACUUCCCUUCACUUGUUUGACUGUUAACUUUGCUCUUCGAUUUGCUCUGAUUGACUAGUGUAGGAUUUUGGGAGAAGGGCUUAGAAUGAUUUCUCUUCUUCUUCAUCUCUCUCUAAUGUUAUUUGCUUUGAUUUCUCACUGUAAGUUAACAAUCCGUUGUUUUCUGUCCUCACUAUUGUUCUGCUUGGCCACUUCAUUCAUCGAUUCCUCUGUUCUUUCACCCCCUUGUGUUGAUUUGUGGAUGCAUCUAAUAUGCUCACAUAAAAUAACACCCCUCCAAUACUUGCUUCUGCUAAUCUCAGUCUUGUCCCUUAUCUCUUACCUGCUGCUUUGCUUCAUUUUUCAUCACAUAAAAUAACCCAUCUCCCAACUAUCUCUAUCACUUCGAAUCAGUUGUUUAUGGUUGUAUCCUAUGUUUGAAUCGAUCUUUGUUUUGAUGACUCUCUUGUUGUGUGCAGGCUGAUGAAUUGGUUGAAGUUAAAGUUUCAUCCUUUAUUGAUCUUCCAGAUGCAUACAUCAUCUAGCAAGAAGAAGUAGCUGCUGCUGCUAGCUAGAGCUCCUUUUUGUGUUCAAACUUAGCCUCUUUUUUGCUGUGUGUGGGCUUGGGUCCCCUCCUGUGGUAGAGAAGAGGAGUACUUUGUUUGGUUGGUAGUGGUGGUGGUGGGGUUUUGGUUUGAUGGGGGAGUGAAUGAAUCAAAACUGCUAAUAAUCAAAUUAGUACAGUUUCUAGACCAAAGUUUGAAAAGAAAAAAGAAGAGUAGAUUAGAGAGAGAUAAGUAAGCAGAGGAGUAGGGCUUCUUUUGAGUUUAUGUACAUGCUGAAGUUAAAGAUAAGGAGGCCUAAGAGUAGCAGCUGCAACAGAAGCUGCAAUAAGGCGAAGGAGAUAAAAAAGAAGAAGAAGCUGUUGCUUGUGACUACUGUUGUUGUGGCAACAGCAGCAGCACAAGAAGAGAGAAGGUUAGCAUCAGAUGUUAUCAUCCAUUGAUCAAAACCUGCUUCCACCACCAGAUCCCUCAUCACCUCAUGUUCUUCCCUCCCAAUUCUCUAAUUCUUCUUCUCCUUCUCCCUCUUCUACUUCUUCUUCUCCUUCCUCAAAGCCUUCACUGCCUCAGCUGCAGCAGCCGGUCCCGUCGACUGAGGUCGAGUUAGAGGCAGAUCUACCAAAUCCACUUCAUAGUUUCUCCAUAAGAGAUUAUGUGUUCACAGCACGAAGCAAGGACAUCAAAACUAACUGGCCAUUUUCAUCGAAGAACCUACAGCUUUGUUUGAACCAUGGCUUGACAGAAGUUUUGCCACCAUUUCAGCCUCUGGAUACCAUAAGGAAUCUCCAAAGUUUCGGUAGUUCACACACGGUUAAAGAACCACCCAUUACUACCAUCUUUGACAAAGUUAAUUCAAGCAAAUUUGAUAUUAAGAAGAAUGACGGGUUCCUAGAGCCAUCAUCUGACGAUACAGAUAUUGUUGUGAAGUUGACAGAGAAAAAAGUAGAUACAAUAAGUUCAUGUAGACAUGUUGAAGAAGAUGGUAACUCAUUCCCAUCCUUGACAACAACUACUACGACUAGUGACGGAGAAUCACUUCCCAAAGCAUCAUUGAAAGCCUCGAAGAAGUGCAGGCUGGUAGUGAAAUUUGGAGAUCGUGGUGUCUCAGCAGAAAACAUUGCUUCAACUACUACUACUGUUACGCCUAUAGUGUCAGAAUCAUCAUUAAUGAUGGCUUCAAAAGUCUGCCCGGUGUGUAAGACUUUCUCUUCCUCGUCAAACACUACGCUAAAUGCUCACAUCGAUCAGUGCCUCUCUGUGGAGUCUUCUUCAGCACCGCCCAAAUGGACAGCAGAUGAUGAUGAUGAUCACUCGAAGGUGGCAAAGCAUCAUAAUAAGGUGAAGCCGAGAAGGACAAGGUUGAUGGUUGAUAUAUACAAGACGGCUCCUCGUUGCACGCUGGAGGAGCUCGACCGGCGAAAUGGGAGGCUUUCAAGCUUGGCAAUGGAGGAGAUUGAUGAGGAUGAGACAACUUGUUCGGAAGAAAAAAGUGAAAGGUUAAAACCAGUUCAAGCUAAGAAAAGUCAUGGUGACGUUGGACCCGUUUAUAUUGACGAGAGUGGGACCAAGGUGAGGAUUUUGUCGUCCAAUUUUGAUGAGGUUUCUCCAGUGGCGGCGAGAAGAGUGGGGGAGACUGGGGGUGGAAUGAAUAAGAAGAACAAGAAGAAGGAAUGUUUGAGAGGAAGUAAAAACAUGGUGGCUUUGAAGAAGAGGAAGAGUCUUAUACGUAAGCAUAAGAAGUAUCUGAAGCUUGCAGCUCAAAGCAAGAAGCUUUUCUCUGAUAAAACGACUCAUUCUUCCCAGAUUCGUGAAAACCAUGAGCAGCCUGCCAACCUGAGAACAUUUUCUGAUCAGGAGCUUCAUGCCUCUCAACAACAAAUCCCACCUGGUAAUAAUUCCGGGAACCUAAGACCAUGGGUUUGUUCUAAACCCAGAGGUACUCCGACAAAAAUUAACAACCACCACCAAGAGGAUCACCAGCCACAGCAACCUCCCAUAAGAAGUCAUUGGCACUCUCCUCUUGCGGAAUCUGAUGACCAGUCAUUUCCUGUUGGUGAUUCUAGUGAAGAGAGCACAGGUAUUCAGAAGUUCACAAAUCUUUCCGAGAAUCUGGCUUUUUGUCACGAGAGGAUUGAGAAGAACAAAGUCCAGCAGGUAGUUAGCAUCAAAAGGAAACGUGGAAGACCCUUGUCUCGGAGGCCUGUCAUUACUGGAGACGAAGAUGUGGGUAAGUAUUUUGGUUCAAUGAAGCAGAAGUUUGUUGAGUCGAAUAGAGAUGACCAUUGUGAUCGUUCGUUGAAGCCUCCGAAUGCUUGCAAGAAUAAGGUGACUGAGUCAUUGGAUAAACUGCCCAGCGUUCAUUCUGUUGUUGAGGCAAGAAAGAAGAAGAUUAAGAAAGGGUCCAACUUAAAGGAGCCUCAGGUGCAUUUGCUCGAUGAAAGACGAGAUACGUUGUCAGGAGGCAAUUGUGAUAUGGAUCAACAAUAUGAUUUGAUGCAUGAUCAUAGAGAGUAUCAACUUGAGAGUGAUGUAGUAACAGAAGAAUUGGCUUGUGGUGAUGGUAAUGCUAGGACCGAAUCCAGGCAGAUUGAAGGGAUGAUGAUAUGUAGUAACUUGCUAGGGAAGGAACAAUUGGGUCUGAUAAACUUGGAUUCUGUAUCUCCUGGUUUGGACUCGACUAGAGAACUGGUUCAUGGAGAUGAUAUUGUCGAUGAAUCCCUGUCCAAGACUACAGAAGGAAUGCAUGGUCGUGCUAGUUUGAGUAAGUCCAUUGACACUGUACUUUAUUCGGUGAAGGAUGCUUCAAAGCUAUCUAUGGAAGAUUACAGGGGGUUUCUAAGUGGGUCUGAAGCCCCAACUGAUUCUGCUGAGCCAGAUUUUGUGAAUGAACACGAAAUGGCUACCGAAAUGGACGCAGAAAUCGAUUCUGGAGAAGCUGAAAAUGGAAUGGACUCCUUUCCUGAACUCGAUCCAAUUCCUAUCCCAGGCCCCCCAGGCUCGUUCUUGCCAAGCCCAAGGGACAUGGGAGAUGAUUUUCAAGGGAACUCAUCAGUGACCACCACCAGCCGAGCUCAGUCGUCUCUUGAUAUUGGUAAUGUUGUCGAUAAAGAUUCUUCCGAAUCUCCCAUUUCUGCUGCCUCAAGCAUCUCCAACUCUACUACUACAGCACAGAAUGGGUGUGGGCUUGAUUUUGUUGAAAGCAAGAGAUCAUUAGGAUCAACGGCUGUUACACGUAUUGACAUCGAGCCUCACGUGCAAAAUGGAGACAUACUUCCAGUGAGCAAGCCGUGCAUUGAAAAAGAUAUAAAUACGAGACUUGAUAGAAAUCAUCUCGAUAAGGGAUCAUUCACUGUGACAAAUCCUGAUAAUCAUCAGCCAUGUUGCUGUCAAAGGAAAGAGAGAGUGCCACUUGCUCCAGCCAGCAUUGUGCUGAACCAGCAUGAUUCUUCUUUGUUGCUUCGGAGACGAAAAACGGCUGCUGCUUCAAUGACGAUAGAUCAUCCUAGUGGUAAACUAAAGGGCUGCAGCAGUACAUCCAUCCCCAGGUCGUCAAGUACAUUUGACACGAGAACUGAAUAUGCUCCUCCUAGCACUUGUCCUACUUCAGGUGCUGAUGCUGUGGGUUUCCAGGUCAUUAAACCUCAUUUGGUUCCCUCGAUGGACUACGAAUCGAGUAGUCCGUCGACUCCCAAUCCAGUGCUGAGGUUGAUGGGGAAGAACUUGAUGGUUGCCAGUAAGGACGAUGAAGCACCCAAGCCUCCAUAUUUGCAGCAGCAGCUGACAACAUCAUCUCAUCCUCAGAAUCACUAUUCAGCUGAUCCUCAAUUCCCAACGUUCUCCACAAUUGGAAAUGUCCGGAAUCAUGAGCCUCGUUUAUUGCACCAGAUGGUUCCUCCUCAUCCCCAUUCGUCGGCAGUUUUCCCUAGAAAUCUGCAUGGUCAUCAUGUGAGUCCUUACUCGAAUGUUGCGUUGACCAAUGCUGCAGCGGUUUAUCUGCCUAAUGGCAUGUUUCAUAACUAUUCUCCACAAUGCAAUCCACUAGCGACGAAUGCAUACUCGUCACCAUCUCCCCACUGCACAAAAGAGGUUAUCAUCAUCGAUGAUGAUCCUGAAAGGGUGCAUCCCGCGAUGACCAAUAAGCUUAUUAUGAAAUAUGGUGAAGGCUAUAGUAUUAGAGAAACUAAUAACCAUGUCAUCCCAUCAGGCAGCAUGUACCUGCCAGGAGGAAUGCAGAGUAAUUAUAGCCCGAAUCACAUGCACUCUAUCGCUUGCUAUCCUCCGUCUCAAGAACACCAUCAUACAUCUCCCAUGGGCGAAUCAUCAUCACCUAUCGUACGUGCUAACAGGUUUCAUUUGACAACCCCAAGUAACAUUCGGUAUUCAGCAGACAGUUCUCGAAUGCUCCAUCAGAGUCCAUUGCAGGCUGCUGCUACUGCUGCACCACCACCACCACCACCACCAUCUUCUGACAGUGUGCUGCGAUCCUCAUCAGCGAUGUACUAUUCUCCAAGCUUCUCGUAGCAAAAUGCCAUGUUGAUGAUGAUCAUAAAGCUUUAUCUUACUGCACCAGGUUUGCACUCAUGAAACUUGAUCUGUCAUGUUACUUUUGCACAGUAGAAAUCGAAUGUUUGUCGCGAGAGAGUUAUUGCAGAUGAAGUAACGAUCAGAACCGAGAUCGAAAAGAAAGGUUCGGUUUGGUUGUAUCGUUCUGAUGUAUUGAGAAAUGGGGAAGAGAGACAGACAAACAUAAUUUUAUGUAGCUUGGGGAGGAUAGAUGAAGAGAGAGAGGUACCAGUUUCUUUUUUUUUUUACCUGUGUCAAAAACCCUCAGAAGCCCUUUCUUCUACAAGUUGACUGGACUGGACAAUCAAAUGUAUAAGGAUCAUAAAAGUGAAAGAAGAAAGAAACCCAUGAAUAAUAUACAAGCAGCUUUUGACCCCCCUCUGCAGCAAGGAACCUUUGGCUCCUCCCUAGAGCCAGUAAAAUUUACACUUUUACUGUUUUACCUAUUUCUGUUUGUGAUGUCAUAUUUCAUGCACUUUCUUCUACUUUUCCAUUUAUUCUUUAAUCACAUUGAGCAGCUGUGUUGAUGGUGAUGCAACAGUGGUGUGCUUUCAUGCUGAUAGUCAUUACCACACGCUAUCACUUAUGUCUGAUAUUUGCUGUAUGCUUCAAAAUGCGUGGAUUAUACGUCUGAGUUACUCUUAUAAGAAAGAGAAUUCAUUGCCAUCGAUUACUUAACCCAAACUAGGCCAAGCAGUUAGGGCUAACUUCUUCAUUCAGCUUGAGUGACAUUUUUCGCUUAUUGGAUAUUGCAUGAUCUUCAUGCAAGAGGGUUUUCUCGCAAUAUUGUAAUGCAUUAUUGUGUUGGUUGACACACCCAUUUUGUUUUCAAACGAAUAUAUUAUGUUACGAUAUACCUUUCGAAAUUGAAGUACUAUGAAUCUAUGAUAAGAGGGAGAUCAAUGCAUUAUUGGAUGGAAGAAGUAGGCUAGAGGUUGGCAAAAUGAAUUAAUGCCUCCAUUAAUGGCUUUGACAUCGACCCUCUAAAGACUGAGGUGAUAUAGUUCUCAUGGUUGUCCUUGAUACUGGCAUAGAGAGAGUUUUGUUGUAUAUAGUUCCAUUCAACAAGAUAAAAUGGGUUUAAUCUUGUGGUAUAUUUCUAAUGCUCUAUGUAGCGAGAUUCACGAAUUGUUAUUCAUCGUAAUAAAUGGAAUAUCGAGAU